ACCCCAGAGACGGUGUUCGACGUGGAAAACGCCGCCAUAUUCCCCUUCUGGCUGGGCAUGAUCGCCUUCCCUAAGAACAAGGUCACGGAGACGGUCAUGGGCUCGUACGCUGUGCCGAUCCUGCUCGGAUUUGUGUACAUCUACCUCACGUACUAUUCCUUCUCGGAUCCUCGGAUCAUCGAGGCUUUCAGCACGGGCAAACCCGACCUCGCGGCGCUGAGUAAGGGUUUCUCGUACGAGUGGUGCAUGGCGGUGGGGUGGGCGCACUUCAUCGCCAUGGACCUUUUCGUCGGAAGAUGGAUCUAUCUCGACGCUCGGAAAAACGACGUCUUCGCGGCGCACUCGCUGCUGCUGUGCCUCUUCUUCGGUCCGACGGGGGUGAUUUCGCACACGCUGA